CGACCGUUUGCCACGAGACUUCGAGCUCGCACACUGACAUACACGUUUUUCUCUUCCUUCUUUCUCUCUCUCUCUUUCUGUCCCUCUGUCUCCGUUGUAGAGCUACGGACCAGUGGUCAUCCGAGCACAAAGUCGCGAGAGAGAGAGGAGAAGACUUAAUAGUACCAAACUAUAAAAAAGUCAAUCGCAGCGGAACCGGUUCGCCGUCGCCGUCGACGUUGUGAGUUUCGUCGCAGUUUGAUCACCAGAUUUAAACCAAGGUAGAACCAGAAGGCACCAAGAUGGCGGCUUUCGUAGCGAAGCAGAUGGUCGGGAACAAACUUAACGCCGUUAAAGGGGCGGUUGGUGGUGAAGGUGGUGACGAAGAUGACAAGGAAAAGGAGGAAGAGGCCGAGAGGGAGAGGCAAGAGGCCAUCAAGGAAGCUGAGGACCGACGAAAAGAGAAGCACCGUAAAAUGGAAGAAGAACGGGAAAAAAUGCGACAAGAGAUCAGGGACAAGUAUAACAUAAAGAAAAAGGAGGAAAUCCAGGAAAUACAGCAAGAAGAACCCAACCCUCUAAUGCGCAAGAAGAAGACGCCAGAGGAACUGGCGGCUGAAGCGGAAGCGGAGGAUGAAGACGAAUUCACCAAACUUAAGAACACGAUAGAGACGCAGGUGAAUGAAAUCAAGACACAAAUCGAAAGUAAAUGCAGCCUCCAAUGAGUCCACCCCACGAUGCGGUCGGCCACGAUGGCGUCUUCAGUCAUCAAGAUCGCGUCCGUCUCUCUAUCCCGACGACCAGCAAACGAAAAUAGCAAACGCGGCUGUGCCUGUUUAGGAUCGAUGGACGCCACCAAAACCAAAAGAAAAAAGCAAGACACCUUUGGCUUAUAUACAAAAAUUUCAGGUCGCAAAUUCUACCCGGAAGUGAAGAGGCCAAUAACAGCUUAGAAAAAACAUAUAUAAAAAUAUAGAAAUCUCGAGCCCAUGUUCUUUGCGAUCCUCGUUGAAGUGUUUAAGCCUCCAAAGCACGAAGGGCUAAAGUUAACAACAGUUAAACGAGAAUAGCGUUCUAACCAAUCCUUCGCCACUUCAGAAGUUUUCUUCUUCGGUCUUUCAAAGUCUACAGAAAAAAAUAAAUGUCCUGAAAGAGAACAACCCGUGCCUUCGAAGCAAAUUUCCUGCAAAUGACACCAAAUUCCCCAAUCGGAUUUCGAAAGGUAGGGAAAAAUCAAAGGAAGAAAAUCGAAGAAUCUAAAUUAGCAAAAGCCAAAGGAAUAAGCGAUCUGAGAACGUUUGUGUGCGAAAGGGUAAAAUUUAGAGCGUCGCUGGAGAGGCAAUUAUAGGAAAAGCGGAAAAAAGAUUGUCCCGGAAAACAAAGGAUAUUUCCUCAAAACAAAGGCUGCCACUGCAUGCUUAUGAAUUGCCGCAGGAAAAUAGCGAGGAAAUGGCACGGAGAAAGGAGUCGAUUCGAGAGAAAAAAUGAAAAUGAAAAGAACGAUGGGACCGAGGGAACGACAUAAUAGUAGAGCAGUUCGUAGGAUAGGACGGGAAUUCACGGAGGGGCGGAGAUCAUAAUUAAAAUAUACAAAAGAAAAUAAACGAGGCUUGUAAAAAAUAGUGCUCUGCUUAAAUCCAUAUUCAGGGGAAAAUUUGUUUGCGCCUCGCUUUUCCUGAAAAGUACCAACAAUCCUGGAACUUUUAUAAAAACGGAAUCGGUUUUCUUUCACAAAAAUGCAUUUGAAGACAAUAAAAAAUAGA